AUUUAACGUAUGGAAGACAAAGUCAGCGUAACCACAAGAAUACUACUUUGCAUCUUUUCUUGUUUUUCAUACGUUAAAAUUUCACUGAGAUAUAACAAACAAGGAACAAAAAAACGUUUACAACUAAAACAUGUAUAUUAAAAACACGGAUCUUUAAUUCUUUAAUACACGUUUUACGUGCUACGUAUAUUUUAAUAGCUACACACUCAAAACCACGGUCUCUAAUUUCAAUAUUCAAUUUAUUUGAAUCACGGCAAUAUAUCGUUGUUCGGAGUUUUCCGAGUGCCGAACUUAUACAUACAAUUUAAUAAAUGUACAUAUGCAUAUGCAAGGAUUUGCCCUUUCAACCGGCAUAAAUUACAAUGAAGUCACUACGAGGUCAAUUUCAAUGUCACCACUUCCUAAGGUCCCUGGGUUUCACAAUAGAAUUGGUCAGUCAGUUGAUCAGUCGAUUGGUGCGCCGGUAAAUCGAUCGAUUUGUGGAAUAAAAGUAAAUGAAAAAGAAAUAGAAACGAAGAAGAAGGAGAAGAAGAAGAAGGUGCCGGUAAAAAAGUAAACUGAACAGAAAUUUGGGCAGAAAUUUUAACGAGGAAGAAGUAAAGAGAACCGGUUCAAGUAGCAGAGCGGAGGAAAAUCAGUGACACUAUGACUACAGACGUCGGUGCAAAGACCAGGUCGAAGGAACGUGCCUCGAUAGCCGCGUUUUACGGUGGCCGGAAUAUUUUCGUGACUGGCGGCACUGGGUUUCUGGGAAAAGUGUUGAUCGAGAAGCUGCUGAGAUCCUGUCCCGAUGUUGGAGAGAUAUUCAUAUUGAUGCGACCAAAAGCCGGACUGUCAAUCGACGAUAGAUUGAGGAAAAUGCUCGAGUUGCCGCUGUUCGACAGACUGAAAAAAGAAAGGCCAUCCAACUUGAAGAAGUUGAUUCCGGUUCGCGGUGACACGAGCGUCGAGGGCUUGGGUUUAGGACCGGUGGAAAGGCGAACGAUCACCGAACGAGUUUCCGUGAUUUUUCACGUAGCCGCGAACGUUCGAUUCAUCGAGGAUCUAAGAAAGGAUAUAUUCUCGAACGUUCGCUCGACCAGAGACGUUUGCAUUCUUGCGGGAGCUAUGAAAAACUUGGUGGCAUUAUUACACGUUAGCACCGCAUACGCGCAUGUUGACAAGCCGGUAAUCGACGAAGUUUUAUAUCCCGCUUUAACAGACUGGAGAAGCGCUAUACGAAUGACAGAAUCUCUAGAUGAACAGACAGUGCAAAUAUUUACUUCCAAGUACUUGGGUUCGAUGCCAAACACGUACACGUUCACCAAGCGACUGGCAGAGCAGGUCAUAAGCGAUUACUCGAAAGAUUUGCCUAGCGUAAUUUUUCGACCGUCGAUAGUGAUAUCAACGAUCGAGGAUCCUAUGCCCGGCUGGCUGGACAACUUCAAUGGACCCGUGGGUAUGAUGGUCGGUGGUGCAAAGGGAAUAUUGCGAGUAGUUCGUUUAGAACCGAACGUAGCCGCCAAUUUUCUUCCUAUUGAUUUAGCCAUUAAAAUUAUGUUGACAGCCGCGUGGAAACGAGGAUUAGAAACGAUAACCAAGGAUCCGAGCGUUUACGUCUAUAACGGCAGCUCCCAUCAGAUCCAUCGCACCACUAGCAAAGAAUUGGUCAAAAUGGGAUUGAGGCUAAACGAAGAAACGCCGCUCGAAGGAGUCAUCUGGUACCCCCGAACCAUCUUAACGUCGAAUCGUCUUCUUCAUUACGUUUUAACGUUGUUGACCCACGUGCUGCCAGCCUUGAUCAUCGACGAAACUCUUAAUGCGACGGGUCGUCGACGCAUGCUAAUGAAAAUUCAGAAGACGAUUUACUCCAGCGUCACACAAUUAAGUAUCUUCUUACACAACGAGUGGUGUUUUCUCAACUCCAAAAUGUUGAAUAUUUUAACGACACAAGUGCCACCGGCAGAGCGAGAAAUCUUCGGCUACGAUUAUCAUCAUUUCAACGUGGAACAAUACUUUAAGAAUUGUUUGAUCGGAGCGAAACGUUAUCUCUUAAAGGAGGAUUUGACUCGAUUAAAGCAGGCGAAACGAUAUUACGACAGGAUGAAGUGGUUCGAUAGAAUAUUCAGCGCUUGGUUAAUCGUGAUGACAAUAUGGAUACUUUACAGUCGAAAUAUUUUCGUACUUUCUUAAGUUGAGUCAUUCUAUCGUCUAACCAAUGUCUGCGGCGAACGUGUAAUUAUUUCCUUGUAAAUUGCAACGAAGCUCGUAUGACGAUGCGAUGGACGGAAAGGUGGGAUCAAACAAGAAGAAGGAAAAAAGAUGUAUCGCGAUAUCGCCGCAUGUAUCAACAAAAUCAACGAUAACGUUCUUGCAUGAAAUAAACUAGAUUGAGAAAAAUA